AUGUCGGCAGCGGCAGCAACACCACCUGCCCACGUGGCCGUCGUCGGCGGCGGCAUCGUGGGCGCCUCGAUCGCCUGGCACCUGUCUCAACACACCAACGUGACGGUGAUCGCCCCGAACAUCGGCGGCGUGGCGACGCGCGCCAGCUUCGCCUGGCUCAACGCCGCCUCGGGCCAAGACCGCGCCUACUACGACUUUCGCCGCCGCUCCGUCGGCCGCUGGCGCGAGCUCGAGGCCGAAAUCCCCGGCCUGCCCGUGCACUGGGGCGGCGGCUUCAAGUGGGACCUCCCCCCGGAUGAGCUGGCCGAGUUCGAGGACAAGUUUGCCGGUUGGGGGUACGACAUUGUCCGCGUGGAGCGCUCCGGCAUCAAGGAGAUGGAGCCCCGCGUCGACGAUGCGGUCGUGCCCGACUGGGCGCUCUACUCGCCUGAGGAGGGCGCGCUCGAGGCGGAGGCCGCGGCGCAGCUGAUGGUGAAGGAUGCUGUUGGGCGGGGCAGCGCAGAGGUGGUGGAGGGGACGGUGGCGCGGUUCGCCAAGACGGACGAGGGCGCCGUCUACGGGGUUGUGCUGGACGAUGAGAGUGGCACCACGAUCGCGGCGGACCAUGUUGUUAUCGCGGCCGGGCUGGGCAGCGUGGGGCUCCUGGCGGCGGAGGGCGUCGACGUGCCCGUGGCGGGGAGCGCGGGGAUGCUGGUCAACACGAAGCCGAUGGCGACGAGGAUUGCAAACUCGGUUGUGUACACGACGGAUCUGCACCUGCGGCAGACGCUGGACGGGGUGGUGCGGGUUGGGUUCAACGAGGAGCGCAUCACCGAGGAUCCGGACAGCGACGCCGAGGUGGUGCUCACGGCGCUGCGGGAGGCCGUGGCGCAGGGCGACGAGCUCGAGUUUGACUAUUACACGGUUGGAGAGCGGCCGGUGCCUGAGGAUGGGCGGCCCAUUAUCGGCGCGACGGGGCUGGAGGGCGUCAGUCUGGCCGUGAUGCACUCUGGGGUCACCAACGCUGCGCUCGUUGGGGAGCUGCUGAGCAAGGAGAUUUUGACUGGAGAAAGGGAUCCGGCGCUGGAUGACUACUUGCUUGAGAGGUUUAAAAAGUGA